AUGGAAUGCGUGGUUCAGGGGAACAGAGACGGGAUGAUCCAGUGUCAGAAAAAGAGAGAGAGGGAGUCCGAGACGGGGAAUAAGAGCUCUCUGUCUCUCUCUGUCUCUCUGUCUCUCUCUCUCUCUUUCUCUCUCUCUCUCUCUCUCUCUCCUUCAGCAACCUCUAAUGGCACCAUGGAGGGGCUUGAGAACCAGGAAGGAGGAGUUUGCAAGAUGAAAUCCAUGAAGAUAAUCAUGAAAGUGGGACAAAGUGCCUCUGAUCCUGUCUCACCCAAAGACUACCCCACCAGAUACCCUCCCAAGCAGCCCGACACAGUGGGAAAGGACUCCUACAAACCAAACGAAGUGCUGGAGAAGACAGAUUCGUCGUACAGGGAGGGCGAGGGCGACCAGGGGACGGGUGGCAAAUCCUCCAGCAUCAUCGGCUCCGAGGUGGCCCUGUUCGCAUGCAUCGCCUCGGGCAGCGUCAUCUUCAUCGUCAUCAUCAUCAUGCUGGUCCUGCUGCUGCUCAAGUACCGGCGACGGCACCGCAAGCACUCUCCGCAGCACGGCACCACGCUGUCCCUCAGCACGCUGGCCACGCCCAAACGGGGCAACAACAACGGCUCGGAGCCCAGUGACAUCAUCAUCCCUCUCAGGACUUCAGACAGCGUCUUCUGCCCGCACUACGAGAAAGUGAGCGGGGAUUACGGUCACCCAGUGUACAUCGUUCAGGAGAUGCCCCCCCAGAGCCCUGCUAACAUCUACUACAAGGUCUAAACCUCACCUCCAACCUCCCUGGCAGGGCUGGUUUUUGGAUUGGACCCUCCUUUCCCAUCUCUUUGUUAUUGUUCUUGUUGUUUUUACAGAAACGUUACUAUUUGUGGUUAAUAUUCCUUGUUUUUUUGGGAUUCGUUUCGAGAACGUGAAAGAGAAAAGCUGCUCUCCUGCGGAUUUUUUGGGGAGGGAAUACCUCCUAUCCGCUUCUCUUCUCUCCCAGCAGCUUGUGUAUUUGUGUGUGUGGACGGACGUACGGAAGGACAGAUGGAUGGUUGGAGAGACAGAAAGAUGCCCCCCCCCCCCCUGCCCCCUACACGUGUUUGUUUUGGGUACACAGAAGGAACAGAGGAGUUUGACCCAAACCUCCCUGGAUAUCCUGCUCUGCGAUUCUCCCCAAAAGAGACUACUGCUGGGAAAUAGAGGGAAAGAGACAAUGGAGGGAGAAAGAGAGGGAUGGCAGAGAGAGGAAUGGCAGAGAGAGGAAAAGGAGAGAAGGGGCAGACCUUGAACUCAUGUCAGUAAUGGCAGUUAGCCAUGAGACACUUUGUGAAAAUAUCCACUCUGGGACAAUCCCGAAUGACACACGGACACCAACCUAUCACCCACACAACCACCCACUCACUCACCCUAUCACCCACACACCCACACACUCACCCACUGUCAGUCAUUGUGAACGGUUCAGACCCUCGUGCUCGUUACGACCCAUAAUUCCCUCAUCGUUUCCGACCACACCUUUUACUUUCUUGCAUCAUCAAUCAUUACCGUGGUUACUUGAAAAAAUGUUUUGGAGAAGAAGAAAACAACACGAUUCCUUUUUAUAGCUUCAUUAUUGUUGGUUCAUUCCUGGUAUUGUUCAACUUGCAGAUUAUUUAUUUUUUUGGUAACGUGGUUUUGUCGCAGCUCAUGUCGUGCUGGUGUACGUGACUUUCAAAUACACACAGACACAUGUGAAAAACACACACACACGCACACACGCACGCGCACACACGCACACACACACACACACACUGCAGCCCAGCACUGAGAGAGCAUAAAGCAGGACUUAGAGAGGGCUGGACCAUGUGGAGGUGUUUCAUUUGUGUUCCGUCGUAUCGGGGGACAUGCUGCUCUUUCUACUCCCUCUGAGUGGUCAGGGCUCACCAGGUGGCUUCUGGGAAGGGUGGAGGACCUAAAUGAAUCAUAGAGCAGCACUUUUAACCCCCCCUGUCCCUGUCCCUGUCCCUCUACCCAGUCAAGCAGUCAGAUCACAGAGAGGGAGAGAGAGGUGCUGGCAGAGGGGGUGAAAGAGAGAGAGAGGUGCUGGCAGAGGGGGUGAAAGAGAGAGAGAGGUGCUGGCAGAGGGGGUGAAAGAGAGAGAGAGGUGCUGGCAGAGGGGGUGAAAGAGAGAGAGGAUAGAAGCUGUAUCCCUUUCAGUAUCCACCCGCUGUCUGAAACAGAGAGGUCUGGUGGAGUUUAACCCAGCCACUGUCUGAAACAGAGAGGUCUGGUGGAGUUUAACCCAGCCACUGUCUGAAACAGAGAGGUCUGGUGGAGUUUAACCUAGCCGCUGUCUGAAACAGAGAGGUCUAAGUGGAGUUUAACCCAGCCACUGUCUGAAACAGAGAGGUCUGGUGGAGUUUAACCCACUUGCUGUCUGAAAGAGAGAGGUCUGGUGGAGUUUAACCCAGCCACUGUCUGAAACAGAGAGGUCUAAGUGGAGUUUAACCCAGCCACUGUCUGAAACAGAGAGGUCUGGUGGAGUUUAACCCAGCCGCUGUCUGAAACAGAGAGGUCUGGUGGAGUUUAACCCAGCCACUGUCUGAAACAGAGAGGUCUGGUGGAGUUUAACCCAGCCACUGUCUGAAACAGAGAGGUCUAAGUGGAGUUUAACCCAGCCGCUGUCUGAAACAGAGAGUUCUAAGUGGAGUUUAACCCAGCCGCUGUCUGAAACAGAGAGGUCUGGUGGAGUUUAACCUAGCUACUGUCUGAAACAGAGAGGUCUGGUGGAGUUUAACCCAGCCACUGUCUGAAACAGAGAGGUCUAAGUGGAGUUUAACCCACCCGCUGUCUGAAACAGAGAGGUCUGGUGGAGUUUAACCCAGCCACUGUCUGAAACAGAGAGGUCUAAGUGGAGUUUAACCCAGCCACUGUCUGAAACAGAGAGGUCUGGUGGAGUUUAACCCACCCGCUGUCUGAAACAGAGAGGUCUAAGUGGAGUUUAACCCAGCCACUGUCUGAAACAGAGAGGUCUGGUGGAGUUUAACCCAGCCGCUGUCUGAAACAGAGAGGUCUGGUGGAGUUUAACCCACCCGCUGUCUGAAACAGAGAGGUCUGGUGGAGUUUAACCCAGCCACUGUCUGAAACAGAGAGGUCUGGUGGAGUUUAACCCAGCCGCUGUCUGAAACAGAGAGGUCUAAGUGGAGUUUAACCCACCCGCUGUCUGAAACAGAGAGGUCUGGUGGAGUUUAACCCAGCCACUGUCUGAAACAGAGAGGUCUAAGUGGAGUUUAACCCACCCGCUGUCUGAAACAGAGAGGUCUAAGUGGAGUUUAACCCAGCCGCUGUCUGAAACAGAGAGGUCUGGUGGAGUUUAACCCAGCCGCUGUCUGAAACAGAGAGGUCUAAGUGGAGUUUAACCCACCCGCUGUCUGAAACAGAGAGGUCUGGUGGAGUUUAACCCAGCCACUGUCUGAAACAGAGAGGUCUAAGUGGAGUUUAACCCAGCCACUGUCUGAAACAGAGAGGUCUAAGUGGAGUUUAACCCAGCCACUGUCUGAAACAGAGAGGUCUGGUGGAGUUUAACCCAGCCACUGUCUGAAACAGAGAGGUCUGGUGGAGUUUAACCCAGCCACUGUCUGAAACAGAGAGGUCUGGUGGAGUUUAAUCCAGCCACUGUCUGAAACAGAGAGGUCUGGUGGAGUUUAACCCAGCCACUGUCUGAAACAGAGAGGUCUGGUGGAGUUUAACCCAGCCACUGUCUGAAACAGAGAGGUCUAAGUGGAGUUUAACCCAGCCACUGUCUGAAACAGAGAGGUCUGGUGGAGUUUAACCCAGCCACUGUCUGAAACAGCUCUAGGUUCCGUAGUGUCUGUUCCCAGGGGCAACAAGAACCGUUGCCAUCCUACACAACUUUAAAAAGCACAGGGACAUCAAAGCUCAUUGUCACUUUUUCUCAAACAUCAUCUUUAGCAUUUCCUUGUUGUUGUUUUUUUAUUUUUUACAAUUAUUAUUAUUAUUAUUUUAUUUUUUUUUGUUAGAAAAAUAGAUGUACAUUUUAAAGGAGGACAUUUUGAAAACAGAAAGAGUAAGAAAUAAACCAUCUGAAAAAAAUCAUUAUUUAUUCAUCAUAGACCCAUUAGAGGUGUGGUCAGAAAGACAGUGAUGUAGUCUUUAGUCUGGUAUAAAAGUACACAUUAUGCAAGCUAGAGUUUUAAUGAUCUAAUUCACCCACAAUGUCCCAUCUUUUCAUUAACUUCCACCCAGAGACACAGGACUAGAGCCUGGGAAGGGGAUAGGAAGGGCAGCCUGGACAUAUGCCCCAAGGGGAGAGGAGGUUGUUGGACCCAAAAUAGCGUAACCACCAGGCAGACCAGCAGUGUAUCCCACAGUCCUUCACUGUAGCAUCUCCCAAAGGACCAUGGGACAUUCUCAUGAUGACCCCGUGCCCCUCUUUCCCCAUGCUACCGUGUGUGUGUGUGUGUGUGUGUGUGUGUGUGUGUGUGUGUGUGUGUGUGUGUGUGUGCCUCCUGUUGAGCAAGGCCAGUGAAAGACAGCCAUUUUGUUCUCUUUAUUCACACGCAUUUGAAAACAUUGACUUAAGAAAAUGAGAACACGAUUGUGACUUAUACCACGCGCCCAAAUCAUGUAUCUGUUCACAACCAACAUUCUCAUUAGUUCAUUAAGAACAUCAAAUUUCACCAAGCCUUGUAUGAUCUGGGGUUUGUGCCUCUAAGAGGCUACAAAAUCUGCAAAUAUGCAAUUUCUAUUUAUUUUUUUAAGAAUUGAGAGAAAUCUACACCUAUGGAAAGUGUUCUUACACCACUGAGAGAUGUAACAACAAAUAGGACAACAACAAAACCAGUAAAGUACAUCACACGAGCCUGCUGUUAGAGUUUUUUAAUUUCUAGUAUUAUUUUAACAUUUAUUUAGUUCCAAAAACUAAAACAUUUAUUUAGUUCCAAGGUAAACUGUGAAGAGGGAAAAAAAUAAAAACGUUUUGAAAAUGAAAUGCACCCGGACAGUUAUUUAAGAAAAAGAGAGAGAGAGAGAGAGAGAGAGAGAACACACACACCAGGAAUCACAAAACAAAUUGAUGUUUAGUUGCUGUCUUGACUGCGACAGAAUAUGACAAUCGUUUUAGUUUCUUUGAAUCUGAUGUCCUUAUCCUAGCUAACAUACAACUGACAUUCUUCUAAAACGGCUAGGGUCGAUUUUUUUAUGUCUCUGUUAAUGUCAGUGAAAUGUUGCAGCCAUGUUGAGAGAAUGUUAGUAAGCUGGCUAGGAGAAGUACUUCAGGCUAACUGUAAAAUGCCUUGCUCGUAUUGGUCAGCCCUUGGUCACCUGACUCAGUAAUUUUGCACCAUUCUAUCUGUAGGUGAGAAACUGUAAAUACAUGAAUGUUUGUAUUGUUUAUGGAUCCUGGGAUGUUACAAUAGCCUUAUUCACCUUUUUAGGAAAGUAAAUGGACAGGAAUAAAGAGGAAAUGGGACACUCUUCUGUAAAACAGAGCAUAUGUUUGUUGGUAAAUAGCUUGUGUAUAUAUUGACAAGAUCAAUAAAACAAUGUUUUUAUCAACUCUUAAAGUAAGAUGUUUUGUAUACAAUUAGAAUUGUUUAUUUUUUAAUUAUUUUUUUGUUUGUUUUGUUGCUAUGUAUUUUAGCUAGCGCUCGUUGGAAAGCCCUUGUCCUCCUCCCACUCCCUCCCCCUUUUGCACUGUUUCCAUGGCAAUUUGGUUUGGAAACAAUCGAGAGAACAAGUUGCCAAACCGACUGCUGCAUAUUCCUGUGUACCAUAAAUAUUUAUUGAAUUCAUUUUUGUUGUUGUUCUGUUUUUACAUUUUUUUUAAAUUUGAUUUCUGUUCAGUAAGUGACACAGUAUUAUGAUUGGGUUGUUCAUUUGUCUCCCUGUCCUGGUUUCGUUAGUCUGUCCUGGUUUCGUUAGUCUGUCCUGGUUUCGUUAGUCUGUCCUGGUUUCCAGGUGGCUGUAUCAGUAACCCCCCCCCCCUUGCAGUAUCAGAUGACCAGGCCGUUGAAAUGGUUAAUCAUUCAAAAACAAAAUUAACUAAAGUGACACACAUUCCACCAGUCUGUUAAAGAACUGAAAAUGUUUUUCAAUAAAAUGUUUUUCCUAUGGA